AUGUUGAUCAAGGUCCGCACAUUGACCGGCAAGGAGAUCGAGCUGGAUAUUGAGUCAGACUACAAGGUCUCCCAGAUCAAGGAAAAGGUCGAGGAGAAGGAGGGUAUCCCGCCCGUCCAACAGCGACUUAUUCAUGGCGGCAAGCAAAUGACCGACGACAAGACUGCUGCCGAAUACAAUCUCUCCGCUGGUGACACUCUCCAUCUCGUUCUCGCCCUUAGAGGAGGACGAUGGAUGGCAUAA